AUGGCACACUCUGCCCUCGAUAUCCGCCAGAUGUGGCGUCCGCCUUUCCAGUUUGCCCUUCUGUUAGUCGCGGCGACCAUUCCAAAACUGUGUCAUUUAUACAGCCAUUUGACUUCUCUGCCGCCGUUGCUAUUUAUUCUUUACUUGCCGACCUUUUUGGCGUUAGACGCGUUGAACGCUGUUCUCUUCUGGGUCGUGGUGCACCUCACCGCACGUAGGUGGGCUGCGUGUGCUGUGACGGUGUUGAAGACGUUGUUAUGCUCGGUCAUCCUUGGAGCCUCAUCGACAUGGAUUGCAUUUUUCUUCGAGACGGGAGGGGAAAUCAAGUGGGGAGCUGCAAGAAGCAUUGCUGCUGAUCCAGCGGGCUUGAAAGUCCUAGCGUCAGGAGGAGCACACGCACUUGUUGCUGCUAUCGUGACUGUGAUGUUAGCUCGGAUUAUCUCGAAUCCGCUAUAUAACGGGACGGAGAGGCUUUUUGGUUCGGCUGUGAAGACUUUAUCUGGAGGAAGGUGGAGGCUGCGAACGUCGUCGAGGGAACUAGGUGGACCAAAUGCGCUACUCGAAGAUGGAUCACAAUACCAGCCGAUAACGCUCUCCUACGACAGCGACCUCGAAUGCAGCUCCGGCGAAGCCGAAGAACCUCUACCUUAUGUCACGGAAAAAGACAGCACCCCAUCCUUUAUGUUACGAUGGUUGGCUAGAGCAAAGUUCCUCGUUCCAAUUGGAACGGUUCUUGUUCUUCUACUUGUACGGCCGAAACAUUUCCCUUUCGGACAUAUGUCCAACUCACUUCCCUUUACGCUCUGGGAAGUACUCAGCAAGCCAACUGACGAGAUGUGCUUCGGAAGCUUGUCAGGUGAGUUUCCAGCUUUUCCUUUGCCGGAUUUGGUGGCAGAGAUAAAUUGGGAGCCUGCGAAUGGAGACUUUCCUGGAUGGGAACCCAAGGUCAAUCGAACUUUUGACAAGCACUUGGAGCGCCCAUCAUGGUUACCCGAAGAACCUAUGCAUGGUUUUGAGCGAUGGUACAAUGAGUCCUUGUUCGAGGGGCCCCAUGGAAGAAAGGGUCAUCAUGAUCACGGCGGCCCUCCUCGUGGACCAGGACGACGACCACCGCCUCGGCAUCGUGACGGCUAUUUCUCAAAAGGUAUCAACUAUGACCCAAUUACGGAUCCGCUUCGUCUCUCCAACCUAGACCAAGGCCUCAUCGAUUCGAUUGCGGCUACUUUGAAGGAGCAUAAAGUAGCCAUUAAGCAUGUAGUUUUGCUAUCCCUCGAAUGCACCCGAAAGGAUGCCUUUCCAUUCAAGAAAGGUUCUCAUAUCCACGACGUGAUUAUGAAGUCCCAAAGUUCGAACUUUACCGCUGCAGAAGUCAACAAUCAAUUAGCAGAACUCACAAGAAACGCCGAAAUCCUCACGGGUGAGACAAGUGGAUUUGGAAUUGGCGGCCCCGAAUAUUCCUCUGCGAGAGCUGGCAAUUGGAGGAACUUGAACAAAGACAACGGAGGAAUCAACGUUCAGGGUGCGCUAACAGGAAGCACUUCUUCCUUCAAGAGUAGCCUUGGUAGUCAUUGUGGCGUUCAUCCCCUGCCUGUUGAUUUUACUGUGGAAGCCAGACAGCAAAUCUACCAACCUUGCCUACCAUCGAUCCUUGCCCUUUUUAACCAGAACAAGGAUGGUUACAACAAAGAGCGUCCGGGAAUAGGUGGACGAAAGUUUCGUCGUGAGUCUAUGGAGGAUCGUCCAUGGAAAUCCAUAUCUGUCCAGUCUAUAACGGAUCAAUAUGAUCACCAGGAUAUACUCUAUGACCAUAUGGGGUUCGAAGAAACCAUUGUCAAAGAGACUUUGCUCGCUCCGUCAGCUCCGCACAUCCCAGUUGAGAAAGAGAUAAAUUACUUUGGAUUCGCCGAAACCCAAAUUAAGCCGUAUUUGCGAGAUAUUUUCGAAGCAGCAGAAUCAAAGAACGAACGUGUGUUCCUUUCUCACUUUACGAGUACUACACAUCAUCCAUGGGCUCUUCCCGAAUCUUUUGGAGCGUCUAUCGACUAUGUCCAGCCAUCCCGAUGGCAUGGUGAAGGGCCCCUGAACAAAUAUCUGAACACGAUCAGAUACCAAGACGAAUGGAUUGGAGAGGUUAUGGAUCUGCUGGAAGAUGUCGGUGUUGCUGAUGAGACUUUGGUUGUCAUGGUUGGUGAUCAUGGAUGGACUUUCGAGGAAGAAGCUGCCUUCCAUGGCACAUUUGAAAAUGGGCAUAUUGCUAACUUGCGAGUGCCACUACUAUUCCACCACCCUUCAUUGCCUCGCCUACAGUUGAAUAUUAACGCUACCUCAACCUCGAUUCUCCCUACGAUAUUGGAUCUCUUAUCGAGCACGUCAUCACUCAACAAGAAGGACACGGAAAUCGCGAAUAAUCUUGUUCACCAAUACGAAGGACAGUCCCUCAUUCGACCCUUCGUCACCAAGAAAAGAGGUCGCCAAGCUUGGAAUGUUGGGGUAUUGAACGCAGGAGGAGCUGUCUUGUCGGUGUCCUCGGCCGCAGUUCCAUACCGACUCGUUCUCCCAGUCUGCAAAAAUGGAGUCUAUCGAUUCACCGACGUAUCGAAAGACCCAAAUGAGUUGAAUCCAAUCGAAGAGUUCUCCGUCGAAGCCUUGUCCAAGAAGGUCUCUAAAACCUACACGGAAGAGGGCGAAGAAGUCGGUCAAUGGGUCGGCGACGCAGCGAAAGUUGGAAAGUGGUGGGUCCUCGAGCAGAGAAGACGCUGGAGGUUUGGGGGUGCGGCGUUACAAAAUGAUCGAAAAUCCGAUGAAAUGGAGGGAAUGGGGAAGACCGUGAAAAAGCAUUGGUGGGAGACGUGA